AUCUUUUACUACUAAGAUACUUAUUUACGUAUUUUCUGUGUGCCUAACAAAACAAAAUUUUGUUCUAAAGUCAAUAAUCAAGUAAGCAGACUUAAUUUUCAUGUCAUAGAAGAUUAACCAUCUUACUUUACUCUUUUUCUUUUUUAAUCUACCGGAAAUCACUAAUACACACAUUCUUUCCAAUAUUAUUUAAUUAAAACAUGCACAUUCGCUAAAAGCAAGCAACCACAAUGACAAUGUUUACUACUAAAGAAGAUACGUUUAAAUGUUUAGCUAAUAAAUACAUACAGAUUAAACAAUUUUCAAUGUUCAUUUAUUUAUGCUUGCUAACAAUUAUAAUACCACAAAUUAUUGAUCAAUUCAAAAUAUCAUCUAGUGUAAAUGGUCAAAAUAUCCUAAGAUAUGAACCGAAUAAUUAUGCACAAAAACAAAACAAAGAAUUUACCAAAAUAUAUGAUAAUAAUUAUCCUAGGAAUUAUUCAAUGGUGGAUAUUGCCAACACAUCAAAUAUGAAUCAUCAACCAGUUCAACAACACAAUACAAUGAAAAAUUCUUGGAGUUCUGAUUGGUUUGAAAAUAGAAUUAUGAGAAAGGUGCACAAUCAAAAGAAUAAUUAUGAUGAAAUGUCCAAGCCGCACUUAGACAACGAACAAGUAACAAACCUAAAGCCCAAUCUUCAUAGUUCGUCAUCUGAUCUGGAUCCUAGUACAGUGGAUACGGGUUACUGGGACGAGGAUUACUUGGAUAUGAACGAUGGACCUGAAUAUUCACAUAAUCCACUCGAAUAUAUUAACAUAGAUAAAUUGCUUGAACGAGACAGACGUCAAGUAUCUCCAGUAGCGCAUUAUAUUCUAUCUCCGUUAAUAAAUAACCCAAGAAGAAGUUCAGCUAUGUAUCCAUCCUUAUCAUAUUUAACACCUCCAUCCUCAGCGAGGUUAAGUACCUCACCAAACUUAAAAAAGUCAAUGAAUCAACCUCUUCUAAAUCGCAAUAACGAAAACGAUAUCUUCAACUUUGUAUUCCAGUUUGUGCGAUACAAUCAAACAUCGAUGGAUUUAAUAGCAGCAUUCAAUUUGAUACUAGAAUGGGAACGUUAUAAACUUAUGCAACAGCUACAAAUUCAACGUGAACAAAAAUUGAAGUUACUGCGUUAUAAACAAGAACACCGACGUCUCGAUGAAUAUCGUCGUUAUCUACGGCAUUUUUCGACUAAGCUAACAAAUGAAAAAGCAAAACAAUUCAAAAAUGUACAGAGUUUUUAUGAUUUUAAGAAAAUUAUUGUCGGUGCUAAAGGAGGAGUCAAAGGAGGUGUUAAAAGUAAUAGGAAUAAUAUGAGAGACAAUCGCAAAAUUUUAGAUUACAAUGAUAAUGUGAUUCACUCACGUGUAGAUCUUCAGUCACUGGGAGAUCAGCAGAAAUCUCAUGAUUCAACUUCAUCUUCAAAUUUGUAUGAUAUGCAGUUUUCCGGUGGAAUCGGUGGUGGGAUUUUCGCGGACAGUUUAAGGCUAAGAAAGGCAAAUAGUCGUGAAGGUCGUGCAAUUAUUUCUGGUAGUAGCAGUAGCAGUGAUGGACAGAAUACUUUGAAAACAAGUCUUGAAACAGAAUUUUCGCAUGUUUUCAAUCGAAACGGUAAGCAAAUGUCAAAAGAUUCGCAUACAGAUGAGGUGAAAACCGACUCUGGAGGAUAUCAAACCGAUAAUGCUUAUUCUGAAGAGGAAUUGAAGAGGGCUUUUGAGAGUUAUCAAGAGUUUAAAAUGGUCUCAUGUCAACCACAAAAUCAGACGUUGUGUACAGAAGCAUUUCUCCGGCUUAAUCAUAAUAAUCAACAAGAACAUCAACAUCAUAAUACCGCGCUUAUAAUACCUCGUGGUAUACAUGUUCAACGUUGUGGUCAACCGGAGAUUUCGCGAUGUAAUUAUUAUUCCAACCAGUUAACAAAUGAUGAUGAAGAAUACGAAUUUGCAUCAAUUCCAACUCUAUCAUCGAACAGUCAUACUAGUUAUGAUGAUCAAUAUUUAGAAAUAUUACACGAUAGAAAUCAACAUGCAUCAUGUAACUGUGAAACACUUGAAGAAGAAUGUCUUCCUUUAAAAGUUUCUUUGAAAACAUACGCUGUUGCUGUAAUGCAGAUUGCACCAUUUGAAAACUUCAAACAUUCGACUGAAUCGAUUGUAUUAACAAAUCAUCUUGAGUGUGGAUGUCAACCACGCUGUAGUAAUCGACUAUGCAUACCUCCAUUGAAAUUUAUAAUGCACACUUUUUCCGACUGUGCAUGCGUCUGCCCAUCAAAUGAUAAAAGAUGUUUUGAAUUAUUGGAAGGAAAGCGUCAGUUCACAGUUGAAGAAAUACCUUUACCAUUGAAUGGAUCAUAUAUUUUACCGCCUUGCCGUUAUGGUGUAAUGGACGACUUACACUUAUACCAUAGACGUUGUCCUGGACCGGUUAGAAGUACAUUUCCAACUAAAUAAAAACAAAGAAGACAAUAAUGAUAAUAUAACUUAUUUGAAACUUACUACUAAAGAGAUAUUCAGUAGUUUGACGUGGAAUGCUUUUAUAAUAUCUUUGAAAUUAAUGAAGUAAAAUUUGACGAAGUCGUGCAAUUUAUCAUAUUUUUAUAUUUUUUACAAUUUUAUCAUAUAUUUUCAUCAACAUCUGACGUUGUCUGCUUAACGUAAUUAAACGUAUCAACAUAAAACAUCACGCAUUUAGUAUUAUGACUACUACUUUUUACUGUAGGUUGAAUGCUGAUAUGAAUGAAGUUUUUGAAUAUGAAAAAUUUUGUUUGAAAAAUGUAAAUAAUUUCACUUAAUUAAUUUCAUUGGAACAAAGUUUGUCUAUUAGACCUGUUCAAUAAUGAUUUUCUUAUGAGAAUACUAAGAAUAAUAUUAACUAAUAAUAAAUACCUGGAAUUUUGUUUCAUUAACC